AUGUGGUCUGAUAGCAUUGUUGGUAAAGAUGGUGCAUCUCAGGCCAGUAAGAUUGCAGGCCGGAGGAAGCGGACCAGUUUCACUAAAGAACACUUGGAGCUGCUCAGAAUGGCUUUUAGCAUGGACCCAUACCCUGGCAUUAGUGUCAGAGAAAGUCUAUCACAAGCUACAGGCCUCCCAGAAUCACGAAUUCAGGUAUGGUUCCAAAACAAGAGGGCAAGAACCCUAAAGAACAGAGCCAAUCGGACCUCACCUCAACCAGAAGCUACUUCUUCGCUGCACAGCCCUUUCCUACCACCUCACAUGGUCAGUGUAAGAGAGGGUAGACAACCAGCAUUUAAUGCCACUCAACCUCAGCUGGGUGAAGACAGUGAGCAGGACUGCUAUUUUACUGACUCUCCACAAAGUUUUGGCCUUCCACCAAGUGGAGCUCACUGCAGCACUCCGUCCAUCAGGCCACACCAAGAUAGGCUGAUGGGCACUAGCUUGAGUCCUUCCUCAUUUCAUGCUGACUUGGAAGUUACUCCAGUUGGCUGGGGCUCCAUGAGAUCCCAAACCUCACCAGAGUGUCUGUGGAGUCCACCAGUGCAAGGCACUGGAAACAACAGCAAAGAUGAGAGCCAGGUCUUUCUCUAUCCUCCACCUCCUUAUCCUCAUGGCAGUGUGAGGUCUGGAUUACUCAACAACUUGAAAUCCACUUCUCUUGACUCUGCGGAUUCUGCAUUUUGGGAAAUGGGGCUGGAGAACACCCCUCCUGUGUCAUAUUCUCAGGAUGGAAGUGGCCUGUGGGAUGAAUCUGCUCAGGAGCAGCCUCUGGCCCCAUUGCCCAAUCUGUCUUCUCAGUGUCUAAAGGAAGUUCUUGGAGAGAUGGAACCGGGCUGGUGGAAGAUUAAUGGACAAAUGGAGCUUCAAUAA